UUUGCAUGUUGCUCCUAAUUUCCUAAUUCCUAUGCUGCGCUAUUAUAUUACCUCAAUCACUCCGAAACCUCAUCUUCUUCCCAGAUUGGUUCACAUAAAAGAUGGAGCCUGCAUUCUAGUGACACCUGAAGGCACGAGUCCCCACUCAUCCCGCCACGUGGCACGCAUCUACCGGUGCAUGCCCCUCUCGAGCUAAUUAUGAUUAGCUUCGCAAUGGUGGAUGAAUGAAUGAACGAAUGAAUAUAUGAUCUUUCUGUUCUUCAACAUAAUCUCGACUUUAUUGGAAUUUUUCCUAGUUUCAUGGCCCUCUAAACACAAAUUAACACUUUUUUAACGUUUAAUAUUUUCACUGGAAAAUUGUGUUUAAACUUCCAAAAUCAUUAAUUUCAAUGCCUCGUGUGGUUUCACAGAAUAAAUAUUUAAUCUCCUCCAUAAUCUUCUUGUUUCAACAAGUGGUGAAGUUGUGGGCAAAGGCAUGCGCCUGUGUAGCUCUCUCCAUCUUCCUCAUAGUUUGCAUCCCCUUUUUGAUCCUUGUGUUUCUACCCUUCUUCACUGCUUUUCUAUGGGCACUUUUUCUUUGUAAGAUCUUGUGUUUUUUCAGAUUGUGCCCGCAAUUUAGAUUUCUAGAAACGAAAAUAUUCUUCAAUUACUUGUCAUGCACUGCAACAAAAUUUAUAGGCAGCAGAAGCAGCACAUCCCAUUUCGAGUGUGAUUAUAAUCACAAGAUUAAUAAUAAUGAUAAUGAGUUAAUAGCCAAGUCACUUGAGGAUAAGCAGGAGAGCGUUGACUUGGAUCCCUCUGAGCUUCCAUGUCUGUAUGAAUCUGAUUUUGAUAUUGAAGAAGAACAUCAAGAGAUCAACGGCGAAAGAAGGGUCAAGGAAGGGACCGGUCAUAUUCGCACUUACCAGGAGGAAGGCUCAUGGCAAGUUGUGGUUUCAAAGCCUGCCGUGAGCAAGAAGAUAGAGCCUCAAUCGGUGGCAGUCAUAUAUUGACAUAAUCCAAAUCUCAGGAGAUUGUACAGAAGUCAACAUUACUUUUUGAAAACAAAGUACAAACGCGUGACAAAGAUAGACACAAGCGACAAGCACACGUCUUAGUGAAUUGAAUAGUCUUUGUUAAUGAAAGAAGAAGACUGAAUGAAUGAAUCUAUAUUUGAUUAAGUUCAGAACGAACUUUUCCGUCAAAACUUUUAGCAACAGAUUAUUUUUUUCUCAUGGACUAGGAUGUUCAUAA